AUGGCGAUGAUGAUGGUGACUGGCCGCCUGCUGUUGCUAUGUGCCCUCUGUGUGCUGUGGUGCGGUGCCGGCGGUGGUUUUGCCAACGAGGAGAGGGCAGGUCUUGGAAGUGGUGGUGCUGAAUCUCUGCUGGAAUCACAAGAACUUGAAAAGUCUCCACAAGUCACGCAAGGCAUAAGAGAUGGAACUGGAGGUGUUAAAGAACAAGUACCCUCCAAACCUCCAGAGGAUGAAGUUGAAGAAGAUGAAGAUGAAGACGAUGAAGAUGAAGAAGAUGACAGUGAAGAGAAUGAACAUGAAGAGACGGAAGAUGGAGAAAAAAAAAGUAUAGAAGGGCAGAGUGAUCAAGAAGGAACAGUUGCACCAGAGCCAGGUUCCAGGGAAAAGAAUUUAAUUGGCAGCGGGCAGGAAAAUCACCAGCCAAUUGUAUCUGCAGAGGGCAUCUCUCUUUCCGGCAGUCAGGAAUCAAAUGCCAAUCCUACGCAACCGGAAGUAGAUGAAAAGAAGGAAACCAAAAAAAGUUUACCUGCAGUAGAGAACGCACACACACCAGUUAACGGAGAGCACACACUGCUUGGGGGAGUUGCGGGAGGAAAUCCUCCAUCACCUCCAGAAGAAGGUGUUGAUUCCCGCGAACACGAUGGCGAAGACACCACGAGUGAAGAAAAAAAAGAUGUUCCACCGCCUGAGACCGCAGCCACACCACAAAGCCGCCAAGACAAAGGCUCAGAAGGGAAUGGGGAAGACACAAAAGCAACGACAGUAACCGCAAACACAACUGAUACGAAGAACACACAAAACAGUGACGGCAGCACCGCGGUCUCCCACACCACCUCCCCUCUUUUGCUUCUUGUUGUUGCGUGUGCGGCUGCUGCUGCGGUGGUUGCCGCGUGA